AUGGAAUAUCUUCGUGCUAAGGAGCUUCUUGAUGAGCAUAUUGGUCAUUAUGAUCCAGAUAGGUAUUUCAAUCCAGUAGUAAACAAUGAUGAUAUCAUUGAGAAACCAAUUCUUCAAUUUUGGACAAAAUUUAUUCAAGAUUGGGGAAACAGAUACCAUAUAAUUUCAUUUAACAUCCGUCAAUUGGAAGAAUCAAUCGCAACAAACUACAGAAAACCAAAAUUAGACAAACCUGUUCAACAAUUAAUCCGUUCAAAGAUAUUAGAGCCAGUAGUUGAAUUUAUGAAACCAAAAAGAUCAUUACUUGGUUCGUUAGUCACAUCUAUCCUAUGUGGAGACUCCAGUUCUCCUCAAAUCGGAAUUGAUUACGUUUUCAAGAACGUUCUACGCACAACAGGUGAAACAAUAUGCUUGGCCGCUCAAUCAAAAGCUAUUUCAUCCGUUGAUUUGAUAUUAAGUGAUGAAGAAAUUUUGAAAGAUUAUCAUAUCUCCUCAAUUCCAAUUUUAGCUAAGUAUCUUACCGACAACAAUCUUGCCCAGAGACUCCAGUUUGGAGGUUUCUACAUUAAAUCAACAUCAUUAAGUCCAUUAUCUUCAAAUCAAGUAAAUACAAUUUUAUCCAUCAAGAAAGCCAUUGCUCAAAUGGAGAAUUACGCCAAUGACUUAUCCGAUAUUGCCAAUGAAAAAGAGAAAGAAAGGAAGGAUAUUUCUGCAAUUACUCAUCGCAGAGAAAUUUGUUUGAGAUUGACAGAUACAUCACUUCGCAAAUUGGACAAAUAUAAAUACAGUGAUCUUAAUGAUUCAAUUAUUAGCGAAUUAAGCUCUGAAGCCUUGACUCUUCAAGAAUUCUUAAAUAGAAGAAAUGAUUCAACAAAAGGUGAUUACGUUGAGGUCAAAUAUGGUGGUAGCAGUGUAAAUGACACACCAGUAUCUAAAUCUCCUCAUACUACAUCGAGUGUUCAGCAUUCUAACCAAAAUUCUAUUUCAUAUCCUGAUGUAGACGUUACUCCUGUUAUGGAAACACCAAGAAUGGCCGGAAGAUUCGCCCAACAGCCUCCUCCAAGCCAACCAACAGGAAAAGCUGUUAUGUCAAGCUUAUUCUUAGGCGGAAAUGAUCAGCCAAAGCAAGAAGAGAUCCACUCUAGUAAUUUCUAUGGUAAGAUGCCAAAGAGAUCAAUUUUAUUCUAA